AUGAUUCUAAAAACGGUUAGCUUGUUGCUCCUACUAGCCAGUCAGGCUUGGGGGCAAUCUAUCAAAAUAAGGAUACCUGUAUGGGAUGCUUCCACAUUGUUCACGCGGCUCACUGGAAUCGGAAUCAACUCAGGAAGUAAUAACAACCAAAAUUUAUCGAAUAACAAUCAGCAGGAUAACAACCAGCAGAACACCAAUCAGCAAAAUACAGAAUACAGCGAUUAUUUGAACGACUAUUAUAAUAAUUAUUAUGCGAACGCAUACCAAAACUCAGCUGCUUAUGACCCUUAUGGACUCGGAUAUUACAGUCUCUACGGCCCGUAUGACCUUAAUGCCUUUCAAGCUCCAACUGCGCCCCCACAAACACAGCCAUCAACCCCAGCAACAACUACGACUACAACUACUACAACAACAACUCAGGAUCUAAUAACAUCUACAGCGUCUUCAAUAACCGAUCCGACAACAACUUCCACAUCGACGACGCCAGAUCCAACAACUGCAUCCUCUACCACAUCUACUGAAAGUUCAAUAACCGAUUCAAUAACUGAUUCAAUCACUACAACCACAACAACUACAACAACUGCAAGCCCUGCAACUGAUUCCACCACCGCAACAACUACAACUACAACUACAAGCUCAACAACUGAAACCCCAACAACUUCGACUGCGAUUCCCACAUCCUCAACAACUGAUUCAACGACAUCUUCCACUACAAGCACAACGACUACAACAACUGAAAGCCCUGCAACUGCUUCCACCACCGCAACAAGUACAACUACAAGCUCAACAACUGAAACCCCAACAACUUCAACUGCGAUUCCCACAUCUUCAACAACUGAUUCAACGACAUCUUCCACUACAAGCACAACGACUACAACAACUGAAAACCCUGCAACUGCUUCCACCACCGCAACAAGUACAACUACAAGCUCAACAACUGAAAGCCCAACAACUUCGACUGCGAUUCCCACAUCUUCAACCACUGAUUCAACGACAUCUUCCACUACAAGCACAACGUCUAAAACAACUGAAAGCCCUGCAACUGCUUCCACCACCGCAACAACUACAACUACGAGCUCAACAACUGAAACCCCAACAACUUCAACUGCGAUUCCCACAUCUUCAACAACUGAUUCAACGACAUCUUCCACUACAAGCACAACGACUACAACAACUGAAAACCCUGCAACUGCUUCCACCACCGCAACAAGUACAACUACAAGCUCAACAACUGAAACCCCAACAACUUCAACUGCGAUUCCCACAUCUUCAACAACUGAUUCAACGACAUCUUCCACUACAAGCACAACGACUACAACAACUGAAAACCCUGCAACUGAUUCCACCACCGCAACAAGUACAACUACAAGCUCAACAACUGAAACCCCAACAACUUCAACUUCGAUUCCCACAUCUUCAACAACUGAUUCAACGACAUCUUCCACCACAAGCACAACGACUACAACAACUGCAACUGCUUCCACCACCGCAACAACUACAACUACAACUACAAGCUCAACAACUGAAACCCCAACAACUUCGACUGCGAUUCCCACAUCUUCAACCACUGAUUCAACGACAUCUUCCACUACAAGCACAACGACUACAACAACUGAAAGCCCUGCAACUGCUUCCACCACCGCAACAAGUACAACUACAAGCUCAACAACUGAAACCCCAACAACUUCAACUGCGAUUCCCACAUCUUCAACAACUGAUUCAACGACAUCUUCCACUACAAGCACAACGACUACAACAACUGAAAGCCCUGCAACUGCUUCCACCACCGCAACAAGUACAACUACAAGCUCAACAACUGAAACCCCAACAACUUCAACUGCGAUUCCCACAUCUUCAACCACUGAUUCAACGACAUCUUCCACUACAAGCACAACGACUACAACAACUGAAAACCCUGCAACUGAGUCCACCACCGCAAUAACUACAUCUACAAUCACAAGCUCAACAGCUGAAACGCCAACAACUUCAACUGCGAUUCCCACAUCUUCAACCACUGAUUCAACGACAUCUUCCACUACAAGCACAACGACUACAACAACUGAAAACCCUGCAACUGAUUCCACCACCGCAACAAGUACAACUACAAGCUCAACAACUGAAACCCCAACAACUUCAACUGCGAUUCCCACAUCUUCAACAACUGAUUCAACGACAUCUUCCACUACAAGCACAACGACUACAACAACUGAAAGCCCUGCAACUGCUUCCACCACCGCAACAAGUACAACUACAAGCUCAACAACUGAAACCCCAACAACUUCAACUGCGAUUCCCACAUCUUCAACAACUGAUUCAACGACAUCUUCCACUACAAGCACAACGACUACAACAACUGAAAACCCUGCAACUGAGUCCACCACCGCAAUAACUACAUCUACAAUCACAAGCUCAACAACUGAAACCCCAACAACUUCAACUGCGAUUCCCACAUCUUCAACAACUGAUUCAACGACAUCUUCCACUACAAGCACAACGACUACAACAACUGAAAACCCUGCAACUGCUUCCACCACCGCAACAAGUACAACUACAAGCUCAACAACUGAAACCCCAACAACUUCAACUGCGAUUCCCACAUCCUCAACAACUGAUUCAACGACAUCUUCCACUACAAGCUCAACAACUGAAACCCCAACAACUUCAACUGCGAUUCCCACAUCCUCAACAACUGAUUCAACGACAUCUUCCACUACAAGCUCUACAACCGACUCUACGACAACAACCAGCUCAGCAACUGAAAGCCCAACUACUUCGACAGCAAUUCCUACAUCCACCGCGGCAGAUUCCACGACUUCUACAAGCCGGACAACGUCAACUGCAAUACCCACAUCCACCGAAUCCUCUUCAGCUUCCACAGGUACCACUUCUGAGGAUUCGGAUUGCGAACUUUUUCCCGAACUACCAACGUGUCAAACAAGCUCCAUAACGGAAUCCACGACUACAACAACUGCAAGCCCUGCAACGGACUCCACCACAACAACAACUAUAACUGAGGGCCAAACUACUUCAACAGCGAUUCCUACAUCUACAGCGGCGGAUUCCACGACUUCUAAAAGCGAGGAAACAUCAACUGCAAUUUCCACUUCCACAGAAUCCUCAACAACUUCCACAGCUACCACUUCUGAAGAUACAGAUUGCGAACUUUUUCCCCAAUUACCAAAGUGUCAAUUAUUUAAGUCAGUGAGCUUUGAAAAAAGUGAAUCUGGAAUGUCUGACAUUACAGCAUCUGGAACUGUUUAUAGGCCGGAGCAACAGCUGGCAAUAACGUCGAUGCCUCAAUCUGUAACUUCUUUGUGCUUCUUUUAUCCAAGGUUGUGCCAAAAACCGGAGGAAGCCCAAUUUGUACGACUUGCUGAUGGAAAAGGAAAACCCUUGUUGUUGAUUUCUCCAGUCGAAGGACGAUCUGCUCAUCCUCAAGAGCAGCCUUCGUUAUGCCGAGCUAUGAGGAGAAUGAUUGGAAAACAUCACAAAUCAUUACAGUAG